AUGGGAACAGCUCUGAUAGCAUACAUUUUUGCCGUAUAUCCAAUCUUUUCCUUUGAUCUUGUGUACUGUCUUGUACAUACAUUCACCAUUUAUACCAGACAGUGUUGGAGUAAUGGUACCUGUGUCUGUCACUGUGUAGUCUGUAACAAAACUUGUACAGAAUGUUUGCCUGGAUGGAGUGGUUCUACUAAAAACAAAUGUCAAAGAGCUAACACUUUAUAUCAAGGUCAUGUCGAAAAUGAAAUGAAUUAUCAAAUACUUGAUGGUGAUGUUAAUACUUCUGUAGAGGUUUCUUACGUCAAUCCAUUUGUAAGAGUCCAAUUAAAAAGGUCUACAGAAAUUGAUAGAAUAUAUAUUACUCUGCGACUUCGGCAAAAUACGACCUAUAUAUUUUAUAAAACUGUACCAAUGACGUGCAGGAAUCCUCUGAAAGGAACAUAUCUUGAAAUUGUAUCUACAAGAAAUACAACCCUUCAAGUGUUUGAAUUUCAACAUUUUGAAUGUACCAGAGGAACUUACGGGAAAAACUGCAGCAGCAUCUGUCAACCUGGCUGUGACAAAGAGUGUGACAAAAUUACGGGAAAUUGUGUUUGUCGGAAGGGUUUCUAUGGAAACUUUUGUAAAGAGAGAUGCUCAAAGUUUUGUAAUGAAAGAGGUUGCAAUUCGGAUACAGGCGAUUGCCUAGAAUGCAAAAAUGGGUUUUUUGGGAAUCGAUGUGAGCUAAAUUGCUCAGUGGGUUGCCAUGGACGUUGUGAUAAGACAUCCGGGUACUGUAGUUGUAAAACAGGUUUUUAUAAUAAGAACUGUUCUAUGCCUUGUCCAACAACGUGUUUAGACAAUGUCUGUACUCAAACAUCAGAAGAAUGUCAGUCUUGCAGUAAUGGUUAUUAUGGUAGUCACUGUAAUUAUACCUGUCUUGGAAAAUGCAAUGGAAGUUGCGAAAAAGUGAGUGGAGUGUGUGAUAAUUGCUUAAAAGACUUUUAUGGUAAAUUUUGCAAUAACACAUGCUCCCCGAAUUGCGACGGUGAUUCAUGUGAUAGAAAGAAUGGUAACUGCGAGCAAUGCAAGAAAGGAUACAGUGGAUCUAAAUGCAAUGAAACUUGCCCAAGUAAAUGCCGGCAAUGUAGCCAAGAUGGAUACAAUUGUGAAGUUUGUGAAGAUGGGUAUUUUGGCUCAAUAUGUGCUCAAAAGUGCUCCGAUUCAUGUGGAGGAAAUGGAUCGUGUGAUGUUCGAUCAGGUAACUGUUAUUUAUGCUCUACCGGAUUUUACGGCAUCAAUUGUAAUCGUAAGUGCAGUAAAUAUUGUGACUUACAGGGAGAAUGUGAUAAAGAUACAGGACAGUGUGAAAGAUGUGUUCCAGGGAGAUAUGGGCAACUUUGUUUAGAAGAAUGUAGUACUAACUGUUUAAAUUCCACAUGUUUUAGAAAUCAGACCUGUGUUCAUGGGUGUAAAGAUGGAUGGUUUGGUGAGAAUUGUGACCAGGCUUGUAGUGCUGUUACGGGAAGUUGUGCACACUGCGGUUUUAUUGAUGGAAUUCAAAAAAUACAGUGCCUUAAAUGUGAGAAUCCUUGGUUCCUUUUUGAAUCUAAAUGUUUCAAGUGUCCCGAAAACUGUUCAUCGUGUGUAUCAGAAGAUGUGUGCACACAAUGCAAAAAUAACAUUUUCUAUGGUUCAAUAUGUGAAAAAAAGUGUGACAAUGCCUGCAUAAGUAACACGUGUGAUAUGAAUGGAAACUGUUUAUACGGAUGUAAUAACGGUAAAUACGGCAAUGAAUGUGACCCGAACUGUCCUGUAGUUUGCAAAUUAUGCUACAAUGCGUCUAAAUGCUUGGAAUGUGAAGAUGGUUACUAUGGUGAGAUUUGUCAACAACGUUGUCAAGAAAAUUGUAAGAUAUGUCAUAAUGAUGCUAUCUGUGAUGCUUGUAUAAUGGGUUGGACUAAUAGGAGAAAAAAAUGCGCAAAUAACAAAGGAUGUUCAGAAGUUACCAGCCUCCUCGUUUGUGGUUACUGUGAUCAUGGAUUUUACGGAACUCAUUGUGAGAAAAAAUGCGAUCAUUGUAACAAUUCAUCAUGCGAUGCCUAUGGAAAAUGUGGCAUAGCCUGUAAGUCAAACAUAAACUCUGAGCAGUGUGCUGAUUCAAAGGAAUCUGGAACAUUGUAUAUAGUGACAGUCAGAUAG